AGAAAACCCAUCCUUUACCAAACUCACGCAUUUAGGCUUCUUAAAGGAAUACGUACGAUUUUUUGACAUGUCUGACAAAUACGCGUUUUCAUUGACAACCUUUUCACCCAACGGUAAACUGGUUCAAAUUGAAUACGCAUUGAACGCUGUAAAUGCUGGUGUCACAUCUGUUGGUAUUAAAGCAACUAAUGGAGUCGUUUUGGCUACGGAAAAGAAGCCUGCUUCAGAACUGGCUGUUGGCAGCUCUUUGGAGAAGGUCUGCAAAAUUACUCCUGACAUUGGAAUGGUUUAUAGUGGAAUGGGUCCCGAUUUCCGUGUACUCGUUGACAAGUCUAGAAAAGUAGCCCAAACUGCUUACAAAAACGUCUAUAAUGCUUAUCCACCUACGAAGAUUCUUGUUCAAGAGAUUGCUUCUGUUAUGCAGGAAUCCACUCAAUCUGGUGGUGUUCGUCCUUUUGGUGUUAGUCUGUUAGUUGCCGGAAUGGACGAAAAUGGCCCCGUUUUGUAUCAAGUUGAUCCUUCUGGUACAUACUUCGCUUGGAAAGCUACCGCCAUCGGUAAAUCUUCCACAGCCGCCAAGACCUUUUUAGAAAAACGAUACAACAAUGAAAUUGAAUUGGAUGAUGCCAUCCACACUGCUAUCCUUGCUUUGAAAGAAACAUUCGAAGGUGAAUUAACUGAAGACAGCAUAGAUAUCGCUAUUGCCUCAAACAAACCUACGGAAAGCGGUAUUGAGGGCGUCCCAGGUGGUCAUUUUUAUAGACUGACUCAAUCAGAAAUCCGCGACUAUCUUGAUCAAGUAUAACCUGACGUAUAUUCCUUAAGCCUUUCUUUUAUUUGAUUCUUAAUAAAAAAUCUGUUAUGCUUUCGCCGCUUACAUUGACUCUUAUUCUAACAUGAUCCUUUCCGUUUCCUGCUCUUGGCACAAUCUUUCUAACAGUACUCGUCAACCUAUGUAUGAUUUCAUGUCGGACAAAGAUUCUAGUCUCUUCAACGAUGUGCUUCUUCAUUUCUUUGAAGACGUUUCGUCUCAUGUAGGGACUUUUGAUACGUGGCGUCAUAUCUUUAUAUGUUUAAUUUUUUCUGAAUCAGGUGUUAUUAGAAUGUUUUUGAGAUACUUGUUGGCCAUUAUUUUAUCUUGAGCUUUGUUUCCAUGAUAUGAUAGAUUUACGAUUCCCUCUAUUUUCAAUUGAAAGCUUCAAUUUGUUCAUCUUUUCUUUAUCAUACCUGGGUUACUCCUUUCUGUAUUUGUCUAUGUCAUUCAAUUUUAAAGCAAGUAUUGCAAAUAUCUAGUAGUCAUUUCUCUCUUCACACAAAGUGAUAGUUUGGUUAUAAACAUUAAACCAUGUAACACGCUUCCAAAAAUUACUUGCUUGCGUUUCUUCUUCUUUCA